GCAGAGCACUUGCUGAUUAUGAUGGGGACAUCUGUCAACCACCACGAUGCCGAAAUCGAACUGCAAGCAUUGAAAAUAGAACUUGUAGCUUUCGAAAGCGGAUGUUUAAAAACUUUGGGUCACAGGCUCAGCAAAGCCGAUUGUAGCAAGAAGCACCCAGAUAUGAUGCUCAAAUAUAAGCGUUUCAGCAAGCUGAAGAUGCUUACGAAUACAAACGCGACAACAAAAUCGAAAUUUCAAACGGAGAGGGGCGUGAUUAAGAGCACGUCAACUCCACCUGGAAAUGUGUCAGAUACCACAGAAGUGAAUAAAUCACGCAAUACAAUGAGUACCAGAGUUGUACGCGUGAAAUCGGCAGACACCACAGCAAAACAUAAAGUCGAGGAUAAGGGUUCACAUACAAGCGGUAAAUUUGGAUCAAAGCUGAAUAAGAAAAUAAAGGAUGCUGCGAGUUAUAAGCCAAAGAAGGGUCGCCCGUUGAAUGUGAGGGGACUCAGUUUCAAAAGCUCUGUCAAUUUAGGGGCUGUCGAGCCAGAAUCUGACGCAUCAAUUGCGGGACAGAAAUCGGUACGCCCUCAGUCGAUAGAGCAUACCACAUCCAGUAAUACGCGGAAGGCUACCACUAUGCCACUGCCUACGAAAGGUACCACAAGCCCAGGCGCCGGAAAGAGCGCGAAUUCGCUCGCGGAUACAUCACGGACACUGCUGAACGAGCAAGCACAUGCACGGGGACAAUCAGGUACAAGCACGAGUGACCCAAGCCAUGCAGACAGUAUGGUUGGUACAGUCGAACAUCCUGUCCCAUUCAAAGCGGAGCAGGUGCUGCUGUCGGCUAUGAACACUGUGGAGAUGAUGCCGGCCUAUCAAGCGCACACAAGGCAGGCACAGAGGCAUACACAGACCCACGCAUGCGCACCCACGCUUGACAGUGCUGUCAGAGUGCCGGGAGGGGUACGGGUGGGUGUAGAUACGACAGCACGUGCCGAGAAUCCGCAUACGAACGCAGUGGGGAGUGUCGAUGGAGGUGUUGUGGUAGCACAUGGCGGGGGGGGAGCGCUUCGCAGUGGGUUAACGGCUUCCGCUCCGUUGAGUUUUGGCAAAACCGCUGACGUACGCCGCCGGUCUUCGCAUUUCAAGAACGUGGUGCAGAACGACACCAAACGCAAAGCGGAGCAGGCCCAACGCCAGAAGGAGCGCGAAGAAUUCGCAGCCAUGUUUGACCUGCACGAGGGGCAGGCGCGCGACGGCAAUGACGCGGGUGUGUAUACAGCUGACGGUGCAUUAGGCACCACUUCCGGGGCUAGAGAUUUGAGGGGCAAGGCAGAGGUUGACUACAUGCUCGACGGCGAGGCGGUGGAUCAGUCUCAAUGGACCACACUGGGCGAAGAAACAGACCUGCCAAUAAAACAAGCGGAAGACGCGAGUGGAAAAGAUAAGAAGCCUGCCAAAAGCUACAACAUCAAGAGCGCACAAGUGAGCAAUAACUUUGUGCGGAUGGAUCUGAAAAAGAACUUCCGUCGCGGUGCGCAAGGGAUAACACCCGCUUUCAUGGCUAAUAACUUCAACAGCUCUGACGAUGAGGCUUAUUUGGGGCAGAAUGGGCCCCAAAUGCAGGUGCACUUGAGAACCCGGGACACGGGGACCAGUAAUGCCGUGUACGAGACUCAAAACUUCAACAGUAUCAAGCCAGUGACGGAAACUGUCGAGAUAGGACUGGAUGAGGUGAAGAUACCAUCGCUGGCGGUACGUGACGAUCAGGCGCCUUUGCGCUUCUUUGAUGAGCUCGAACCGUUGCCGCAGUCACAGUCUCACCUGGCCCACGCGCUGGACAUGGAGGGUAUGCAGGACAGCGAUACUGGUCACCGUGGAAACCGAAAUGCGGCGAUUUCAUUGGACAUGAAGGGGUGUGCCGACAUUCGGGAAGACGGAAGCGACGGGGGCAGUGUAGGUGAUGAGAAGCGGAGCUGUGUAGACACAGAUGAAAAGCAGAACAUGGGAAGUGUGAAAGGGAAAAGAACACUCACGGAUGAGACGCCACGGGAAGUAGAGUGUUCAGGGUGUCUUUCUGCACUUGACAUGGAGGGAAGGAACUUACACCUGAAAGCGAAAGGCCAAUCGAGCACAGGGUUGUCUGAGGAUACUACAUAUCCUAGUAUUGAUACAAAAGAAUCCCCUAUUGAUCAAGCAAAACCUGCUGCUGAUAGCACAGAACUUCCUAAUAAUAAAAGAACUAGUCGUACGGAACGAGCGAGCACCGGUGAGAAACCCAUCAAACGAGUGAAGCGAAUAAGUAGUGCGGGCGAACGCCACGAAUCGCAGAGUUGCACUGGAGAAGAGUAUGAGAAUAGCGGCACGGAGUGUUCUACUAAGAGCACGGAGCAGUCUAUCAAUAGACCGAGCAGGGGAGCCAGAAAAGGCACAGCAACAACCCACACGGAUGAGAUGGCGUCUCCGGACACGGCCAGCUGUAGGAAAAGUGUGCGCAAAAACACACGCACACAAACAAGCAAACAGGCAAACACGGAUUCCGAUAUAUCAUCAGACAUGGAUGCACCGAAGAAGAAGGGCAGGCGCGUACCACAGGCGAGUGCACAGGACAUGUGUACACGCACACGCACACGCUCGCGUAUGAAGGAAGCAAGCCCAUCCAAGCCACAGACGAGCAUGCGCGUAACAAGAGCGCGACGGGCGUGUGUGCAGACGACAGUCACGGAGACCACAGGGACGCAGAGGCGUACGAGUUGGGCCCAAGACGUAUCGGGCAGUAGUGGCGAAGACAGGGAUGGUGGCGGUACGGAUAGUAGCAGUGACUAUGGCGAUAUAGACGAUGUGGACUACACCUGUGCACUCCGAGAGGGGCUGGGAGACAGUGGUGAUGAUACGGAAGUGAGCUCGGGUGGUGCGUCUGAGGUAGGUUCAUCGUCGGAGGGGACUGAGGGGAAGGUGUUGAAGGGCAGGGUGCAUGGUAGGAAGCCUCAACGCUCAAACUUUAAGAGCUCAGAGAGCGAUGCGGAUACGGAUGGCAUUGGCGGGGGGGGUAAGAGUACAUGCAGGAGUGUGGGAGGGGCUCGGAAAGGGACCAAAGGGAGGCGGAAGGUUACAACACGAAGACAAGAUACUGCCGCUGUAAAUGGCGACGUCAAUUCAAGCGCGCGCCCGACCACAGCGGCGCCAACCAAGCAGCGGAAAAAGACGCUCAGACCCGAAGACAUCCAACGUUUGGCCGAAAACCCAGCGCACGCCCUCAAGUACGUGUAUGGCUUCGACACCUUCCGUCCUGGUCAAGAGCUGGCUGUAUCACGCAUCUGCAAGGGACAGGCGACACUGGUUGUACAGCCUACGGGUUCGGGUAAAUCCUUGUGCUACCAGCUGCCGGCCUUCAUCCAGGCGCUGGAGUCUCCGUCGCUGUGUCUGGUGGUGUGCCCGCUUGUAUCGCUCAUGCACGACCAAGUAAAGCGACUUCCUAAGGCGUAUGUUGACGCACAUGGAUUCACAUACGUUGUAUAA